AUGUUUUCAAACCAUCCUUUACUCAAGUCUCGUGCUGUGCCCCAACCCAUCACACGAUUCUACAAGGAUUCUAGAAAGAGCACCCUUCGGAUUCUCAUGCUACAUGAAUUCAGUCAGAGCGGCAAAAGAUUCGAGCAACAGACUAAAUCUCUGAUGGACGAGCUACGCCACGUCUUCAUGUGUGCUCAGAGUUCAGAAAUUGUGGGCUCAGAAGUUCGUGACGUCUAUAUUACCCUUGUCAACCCACCCUUUGCGAUUGAGCGCGAUGCCUUGCCGCCAAUCGACCUCGAUGAUGCAAAGCGACAAGACACGACUGAGGAUGUUGAUGCAUACACUUGGUGGCACCUCACUUCAAAAACCCCACCUUUGCGCUGCGAUGGACUGGACGUUACUCUAUCCUCUAUCGCGCAAGCAAUACACGAGGGAGGUCCUUCCCAUGGCAUCAUAGGGUUCAGUCAAGGUGCUGCUCUUGCGGUCAUGAUUACUUCGCUUCUCGAGCAUGACCGCAAGACUGUAUUCGACAAAGCAGAAGCUAUGCCGUACCCCUCAGCCUUCGUUGCCAAGGGAACUGCUAUACAAGAACCACUCAAAUUUGUCAUUGCGAUGAGUGGGAUUGGAGGAGUUCAGAUCCCUGAGUAUUAUGCGUUUUAUAAUCCGAAAAUCGAGACACCGGCACUACACAUUCUUGGCAGGGAGGACGACUUCAUCUAA